CAAAAGGUCGUGCUUAUGAAUCAUUUCUCUUUGUCUUUCAUAAUCAGUCAGUUCAUCCGACCGCGACUUAGGGGAGACUGCUACUCAGUACCGGAUGGCAAAGAGUAAAACAGGACCCCCGUACACAGAUCGCAAUGCGGAAUAUGUCGUCGUCACCACCCCGUGGGGGAUGAAUCGCGUCCCCAGGAGUCGCGUCCCGGAGGACUCUAAUAGGCUGGCAGCGUGGGUCCAACUUAUCCUCCAGGACAAAGAUAUAGAUGCGAAAGUUGAAUGCAUAUUUGGUAUGGGGACAAGAGAUGAAGUCAUUGUUCAACUUCCAAAGGGAACAGAUAUUCAGCCACUUCUUGGGGAGCAUAAGUUGGUGAUUAUUUCAAAGAAGUGGGAUGGGAAUCCAAACGAUGGUAGAGCAUCCUGUUUCUUUGAAUACAAUUUUCGCAACAACGGUGACCCCAAUAAUCAUAACUGGGCAGCAGAAUAUCCUCAUGUUACUUCAAAGUUUGUACCUCCUGUAAAGUUGCCUUACCCGGAACCAGGCUGGGCUGAGCCCCCUCGCUCCAUUCGCAGUCUUGUCCUUCCAAUACCACCUAGACCACUACCUACCCCAGAAGCUGAGCCAACACCAAUUCCUGUUCCAACAACAAUCCCUGUCGCCGUAUCUCAAGAAACAACACAUCUACCUCAUGUUCCUCCGCCCGCAGCACCUGCCAAUAUCACUUCUGCAUUCAGACCUUACGAGCCCCCUACGCAGCACCCUGCUCACGGAAUAUUCAUCAACGAGGCAAAUCAGCCAAGGAAUCCUUCAGCGGAACGAGAAAGCAACCAGCCAACUCCAGCCGAAGGUAAACACGUUCCAGCCCAGAAAUACAUGAAAAAGCUAGAUCCCUACCAGGAAGAGGAAGACGCUCUGGCGUUCUUGCAAACAUCUCCACCAGAUUCUCAAAGUGACUCGAAGCCUGUUAAACUUGAACACGUCAAAACAGAACCGUCUGGAAUGGGCUCUGACCCUGAUUACCAGCCACCUCCUGAACUAAUAGACGCGGUCAACAGUUUAUUACAGAAGCAGAGCGAGGAACAGAAAGUUGUAGUCUGUGAAGGAUCGAGCAUGACCGCUGGACCCCCGCUAGGGCCUCCAACUUCUUACCGGCCAUCUGCAGAGCUCAUGGAUCCAGAUGACAACCAAAUGCUGGAGCAGAAUCUCGACGAAAAGCCUUUCGCCAAGAACAUCCCUGGGCAACUGCGAGACUCUCGGCAGAAGCCUUGUGCGUCAUUACCAAUCUUACUGGCGAGCCUACGUGACAUUGCGUACCUCAGACUUUCGGCCAUGUGAAAUUAACGUUGCACAUCAACAGAGCAAAGCUAGUGAAGACGAACAGAAGUUGGUUCUGGACCUACCACCGCAAAACAAGAGGAAAAAUAUGGACGGAAGACAUCCAGCGACGAAAAAGAUCAAGGUGGAAGAGGCAUAGAAUCUCACAUUGUACUUCCGAAUGAAACUACCAUUUACCCAUCCAUGCUAUCAACC